CCCGCGCCCGCGCGACGUGUGGGCCGUUGCAGGAAGCCGUUGGGACGGUUGCGGGGCAGCGCGGCUCGCGCUCGCCUGGGCGGGGCGAUGACGCGGCGCCCUUAAGACGGCCUCGCCGCGGGGCCGCGCCGGGCCGGGGCCUCGCCGCCGCCGCCGCCCCCUCCCUCGCUCCCGUCCGCCGCGCUCGGCCGACAUGGGGUCGCCGGUAUUGCCACCGGAGGGCGGCCGCCGCGGCCCGGUCCCGCUGCCGCGCGCCGCGGCCGCCCGGCGGGCCGCCGCGCUGCUGUUGGUGCUGCUGCUGGCCGCGCCGGCGGGGCUGCGCGCCGCCCCGGAGGAAGAGGCCGGCAGGAACAAGGAGCCGCCGGCGGCCCCGCAGCCCGCGGGACAGGGCGCCGAGCCGCGGGCCGAGAAGGGGUCUUCACCAGUUGCUCCAGUUCAUAUUGUCAAUGAAGAGUCAGCUGAGAAGACAAAUUUGGGCUUUAUUCAUGCAUUUGUGGCUGCUAUAUCAGUCAUCAUUGUAUCAGAAUUGGGGGAUAAGACUUUCUUUAUUGCAGCCAUCAUGGCAAUGCGAUACAACCGUUUGACUGUACUGGCUGGUGCUAUGCUUGCCUUAGGACUGAUGACAUGUUUAUCAGUUUUGUUUGGCUACGCCACCACAGUUAUUCCUCGUGUGUAUACAUACUAUGUGUCAACUGCACUAUUUGCAAUUUUUGGCAUCAGAAUGCUUCGGGAAGGCUUGAAAAUGAGCCCAGAUGAGGGUCAGGAGGAGCUGGAGGAAGUUCAAGCAGAAAUUAAAAAAAAAGAUGAGGAACUUCAGAGAACUAAACUCUUAAAUGGGCCAGGAGAUGUGGAAACAGGGCCAGGCACCACUAUACCCCAGAAGAAGUGGCUACACUUUAUUUCUCCAAUCUUUGUUCAAGCUUUCACUCUGACGUUUUUAGCAGAAUGGGGUGAUCGUUCCCAGUUAACAACCAUAGUCUUGGCAGCAAGAGAGGAUCCCUAUGGUGUGGCAGUAGGGGGAACAGUAGGGCAUUGCCUGUGCACUGGUUUAGCAGUUAUUGGAGGGAGAAUGAUAGCACAAAAAAUUUCUGUUAGGACUGUGACAAUCAUAGGAGGCAUUGUCUUCUUAGCAUUUGCAUUUUCUGCACUAUUUAUAAGUCCAGACUCUGGUUUUUAAAUUUUUGUUUUUCACCAUAGCAAAAGAACAAGGAUUGGAAGCGCUGAGCAGCCAGCUAUCCUUGUGCAUUCUUGUAUAAAAUGUACAGGAUUAUAGUUGAACAAGCACUGAAGAUGAGGCACUGUACUUUUUACAGCAAAUGAUUUGCAGGAUUGACACAUUUAUGGACAGCUUCUGCGGUGGAGAUCUGCUUACUGUCUGAUUUGUGCAUUCUGUGGUGCCAGCUCCCUCAGUGGGAUUUGAGCGGUUUUCUUAUUUGCUGAACCUGGCUUAGUUGGGUUUUGAGGAUCUACAUUUGUAAAUAUUGAAGCUUCCUGUUUUCUUUCUCUGUUACACAUGGCUACCUUUCCUGUUUCCUCAAGAGCUUAUUCUUAUGGCUGAGGAAGUGGCCUUCUCUGAAGAGACCGUGUUUUGUUCCAUGUUGCUCAACAGAAAGUGUCAAGUAGAAAACUGCUGGCUCCCACCUCCAAGUUCUUCAGUACCAGGAUGUGUCCAAGGCUGGAUAAUCUAAGCAAGAAGAAACCUGGGAGCGGUUCCUAUACUAUUGAGUGGCUAGGCCACCAACGGGGAAUUUUAUAAAUUUAAUUUAGAGAGCAAACUUCUUAAU